UGGAGCCGCCGCCGACGAAACAGGCACGAGAAUCGCGCCCGGCAAUAGCAGCAGCAGCAGCAGCAGCAGCAGCAGCAGCAGUAGCAGCAGCAGCGGUGGCAGUAGCCUGAGAGGAGGGGAGAACUGGCGCUCACGACCGAACUCCCCCGGCGUCGUGAGAACGGGAAUGGAAGAGGCCGACGCUCGCCUGCAGGAAGUCGUCGCUUCGCUGCUCAACGAGCACGGGGGUAGCCACGAGCAGGCGCUCCGGCAGACGUUCGCGUGCCUGCACAACUCUGGGCUGUACGAGGCGCAGUCUGCCGCUGAGGAGGAGCAGAGGGAGCAGCAGGUGCUAGCGGUCUUCCGCUCGUUUCCGUUCCGAACCCCGGCCGCCCCCGAGGGCAACGGUGCCGGGAGCCUCGUGGAGGAGACCCAGGCGCAGCCGCCGCCGCCGCCGGCUUAUAACAACGCCCUCGCACGGGAGCCUGAAGAGGCGGGCGAGGUGACACCGGCCCAGGUGGACCCGGAAAACGUUGGGGAGGACGCUGGAGCUCAGCCAGCCCCCGAGGCUUUGUUGCCGCUGAAUCCGGUCGAGCCCCAACCGGCAGACCAGCAGCCAUCUCCGGCGCCUCCAGGUCCGGAGGUGAGUCACCAGGGAGCUGCCCCGCCGUCCAACCUCCCACCGCAUCAGCCACCUGCUGGAGAGGACGCGGCACCGCCACGAGGCUCGGCUACUCCCGAGAGUUUCGCGUCUGCGGCACUGGAUACUGGAGACGCAGUUGUCGCAGCGGCAGCGGCAGCGGCGGCCGCGGCGGCGGCCGGGGGAGGCGUUGAGGAGACGAAGGGCGAAGAGAGGGGCGAGGGGAUAGUAUAUCCCGAGACUGGGGAAGCGGAGGAGGGGUUGCCGGUCACCAUAGAGGAAGGCGCGGUGGGGGCAUCAACGGAAGAAUCGGGGUCACAGCUGGAAGCGGGGGGGCAACAAGAAGUGACAGGAAACGGAGCGGCGGGAGCGCACGGCGAGAGCACUUACGGCUGUAACGGCACCGCGGCGUCCGAAUCCAGCAAAGGGGUAGUGUACAGCGACCCGGAGAGCACCCGGCAGGAAGGGAGCACGGCAUCACAACAGCAGGAACCACCACCUCCACGAGAACAGGAGGCGGCGCGAACCCCUCAGGUUAACGGAAGUGCUCCCACCGCCACCGCCGCGGCCGCCGCCGCCGCUGUGGGUGAAGCAGCCGGAGGAGAGAGAAAUAUGGACGCUCCCGCGCGCCCCGCGGACGCUGGCGAUGGUGGUGCUGCCGCUUCAGCGACCGUUCCAGCUCCCGCCGCCGGUACCGCCGGCGCCGCCGCGGCCGUGUCUGCGCCGACGACGACAGCGGUAACAGAGCCACACCUCAAGACCGCUGGGCAGCCCUUGACCCACGCGAACCGCGCGGAGUCCCCGACGGGGAUGUCGACCGACCUCCAGGACAAGCUCAAGGCGCUCAAGUUGCGCCGCAAGCACCGGUUCGUCACCAUGCGAAUCGAGGGGACGGAGGUGGUGGCGGAGACGGUGGCGGCGCCCGCGGAGGGCCCGGCGGAGCUAAAGGCGGCGCUGCCGUACAGCGACUGCCGGUACGCGGUCUACGACCAGGCGAUCGUUACCGUGGAUGGCCGCAAGGCCAACAAGCUCUUCUUUUUCACGUGGGUUCCGCACAACGCGACGCCCCACAACAAGAUGGCGUACUCUCACGGGAAGGUGACGGUGAGGCAACGCCUGGAGGGUUUGUACGAUGUGGCGGCCAGCAGCUUCGGGGACGUGGAGGUGGCGCUGGGGUUGGUCGACGAGGACGAGGAAGACUCAGACAUCGACUUUUGAAGUAAAUCUCUAGACACGAUUCGGGGUAUUGGUUCGGGGUAUUUGGCUAAUGGCGGCGUUCGAGUUAGUUGUGCUCUUUCCUAGGGUACGUUUGUGUUUUGGUUUGACUUGUAGCUUGGGCUUUAACUAACAAACUGCGCUGCAGGGUGUGGGUCGCCAACGACGAGUGUUUAACUAUAACGGUGUGUCAUGACUCUUUCCCACAGCUGCCUAGUUUUUGUCUUUGUUUUUUUUGUGCUUCAGGAGCCCCACUGGCGAGUCUUCCCGUGGAACGGGGUUGAGGCGGGCUGUGUUGAUUGUUGCAUUAGGUCUGUAUGACCGAACACGAUUUGUCCUUCCAGCGUUCGUUCGAUAUUCGUGACUCGUUACGUUGUGUUCCGCCCACCCACACCCUCAUGUCAUCCCCUUCCGUGUAUCUGUAUGGGCGGGAUCGCUGGAUUCUCACCUCGACGCAUAAAAUAAUCAUUGAUUGAGUAGCUGCGAUUCUAUGAGCUGGCAUUCAAUCAGCUUCCCUCUGCUGAGUCCAUUCGUUGCUGUGGGUGGAUUCUAGUCCGCGGGACAAGUUUCGGUAGUGUUCCUUCUCCUAGCAUGCCUCUGUCAGACACUGAGAAUGAACUCGUGUGUUUUCGCGAGAUUUUGCUGAUCUGCCGGUUCCUCCGUGCGAUGUGCUUCGCCCGGCGCACUCCCCAUUUUCGGCGACCAAACGUUGUUUCCUUGUACGCAAUUUUGCAUACAACCGAUGCUUCGUGCUGUUUUCGCAGCGCGCCAAUUCCGCACAAGCCAGCGAUUCCAGAGCUUGGAUCACAAACAAGCCUUCUUCGGGCGUGACUCAAGACUUGCAUGUUUUGGUCUUGUGUGUGUUUUUGUGUUCGUGUGGUUCAAGCACGCGCGCACGUGCUGGGUGAAAACGAAGAAGUUCCGGCAUCCUGGCUUGCCCGCCCCUCAUUUGAGUUUGUAUUUUUUGUUGCUGGCGUGUCGUUUUGCGGCGCAGCAAGCUGGUAGGAUUCCCCCGUGUAUCCUCAACACCCUUCGAUGGAUGUUCAAGAUCGUAGAUUCAAAUCCAGGUAGGACCUUGUGCAGACGUUGCUCGUUCGUCAAGUAGAUGAACUCGUUUUGUGAUUGUCGAUUGAAAUAGGGUUACGAACGCUUACCUUCUAGCGAUAAUGCUGCCCGUCCGUUUGGCCCCGGGUUGUAGCUGUUCGGCAGAGAAGGCCGUCGGUAAUGUAGCAGGUGCUGCGAGCGGCCACACGUUGUAGGCAUGUCGGGAUAACCGCAAAACGUAGUUCAAUUAAGGGGCUGCAAUCAAGACAAUGCGAGACCCUCCCUUCCUCCUUGGCUCCAAAAAUUCGGUCGAGGAAAAAGCUUGCUGACGGAGUCCCGGGGGACUCCUUCCAGAUAGAUACGUGUAGCAAGUGGGAUCGAGACGAGAGAAGAUGUCGUCGGUUUUACAUAUCUGGACAACCAAAGCCGCGCUGUCAUCUUUUCAAGGGAAGCCAAUCUCUCCUACACUGUACUUUGUUAGACUAGACCAAGGACCGGGAAAGUUUUUUUUUAUGUGAGGUUGUGAAGGUGACUCUGUCCGGUUUCAGGAAUUUGAGGGGACCGGUUGGCAUUCUUUUUUUGAGGUUGCUGCACGACCGGUUUCUCUUUUGCUUUUGGUGGCAUAAACGUUUCCUUUGCCCCGCGGGCUAACUUGUAAGUUG